GAUAACUAGUUUGGGAAUCUGUACCCUAUUAAGAUCAGUCUUCAAAUCACUGCCAAAGUUGUUUGUAAGAAGGAGGGUCAGCCAUCAUUGGACUGCUGGAGAACCCAGCAUGGUCUCUAAAACUGACCAUAUAGGCCUUUUUCUAGUCAUAUAGUCUUUAAAGUCCCAGGGCCUGCUUGUUAGCCGUCUGUUUUAUUCUAGAUCAACAGUUCUCCCUUGCAUACUGUAGUCAUUGUAUAUAUUGUCUUCUUGGUUCUGUUUACUUACUUUGCAUAAGUUCAUGUGUCUUCUAGUGAUUCUCUGUAUUGAUCAUAUUCUUUUUCAUAGCGCUGUAAUAUUGUUAAAUUCAUGUACUGUUGUACAGCUUGCUUAGUGAUCUCCCAAUUGAUGGACAUCUACUUUGUUUCUUUUGCACCUAUAGAUAUUUUGUGUAAAUAAGGCUUUGCUUUUUGUUAUUUACUUCUUGGAGUAUAUGCCUACCAGUGGAAUCUUUGGGUCAAAAUAGGCAUGUCAGAUAUUUUCUCCAUAGAAUUCCUUAUUGAUUUCCAAAAUGCCUGGACCACUUUACACUUCUACCAACAGUGUACUUGUCUUAUCACUUCCCUUCCAAUACUGACUAUUCAAACUUUUUCUCAUCUUUGCCAGUUUGCUGAGUAUGGUAAAACCUCAAGGUCCUAAAAAACAGUUUUAUUAUGAGCUAGAAAAUCGUCAACAUAUGAACAUUUCAAUAAGGAAAGAAGGCCAGAGGGGCAGCCAGGUAGCACAGUGGACAGAGCAUCAGACCUGAAGUCUAGAGGACCAGCAUCCUGUUCAACAGAACUAGUUAAAAAAGUUAAUUCUUUGAAUGAUGCUGAAGAUAAGGUUUAAAGCAACCUCUUCUUGGGGAUGAAGUUAUCUUUUUACUCACACUCUAUGUCUUGCCUACUGGCCAGAGAAAGUGUCUAGCUCUACUUAAAUCUGCCAACCUAUAACUCUUCUUGAGGAAGAAAUUCUGCAAAUUAAAUGUCAGAAAGAAUGAUAUGUGAUGGGUUCUUAGUCUACAGAAUCCAGUCAGGUCAGCAAUCUUUUCUUAAGCAGCCUACUACGUGCCCAGUACUAUAGUACGUAUACAGGUAACUUGAUGGUACAAUGGAUAGCGUGCUGGGUCUUGAAUCAGGAAGACUUGGGUUCAAAUUGGACUCCUUCACCUAAUUGCAGUAUGGUCCUAGACAAGUCACCAAAAUACUGUCUGCCUUAGUUUCCUUAAUUGUAAUAUGGGGAUAAAUAAUAGCACCUACCUAGGCGUGUUGGGAGGAUCAAGCGAGAUAGUUGUAAAACACAGCACAAUGCCUGACACAUAGUAGGAGCUUAAUAAAUCCUUUUUUCUUAAUUUCCUUCCAAAGCACUGGGGAUACAAAGAAAGACAAAAGGUAGCCCCUGUUCUCAAGGAGUUCACUAUGUAAUGAGAGACAAUAAACAAACAUCUACAUAGGACAGUUGCAGGAUAAGUUGUUAUAUAUGGGAGAAAUUAGGGAUACUCAACAGAGAUCAAGGCCAUUGGAAGCUGGUCUUUGCAUAGUUUGGGGGCAUAUGGUUACCAAUGAUCUCUUAGGCCUGGUAGCAUCAUUUCUUAUGGAACUGUGCACCUUACUUGGGUCUAUUCUAGACCCCCCCCCCCCCAAAAAAAAAAAAACAAAACCUUGUCACUAUAGUAUUUGAAACAUUCUCCAGCUUAUUAGGAGAAUUUCAUUGGGUUGGGUCUUUUGCGGAUAAAAAUCAGAGAAUUUUAGAGCUAGAAGGGAACUUAAACACUUCCAGUUACAAUAUGGACUUGGCAUUGAUACUCUCUUAGGUCUCCAAUUUCCUUGGCUGUAAAAUGAGGGAGCUGAAAGAUCAUUUCCAGUUGUUGGUAAAGCCAAAAUUCCGUAUCCAGGACUCUUUCCACUAUAUUUGGCUCUUUACAAGUUAUACAGGAAUUAGGUAAUGUUUUCUUUUUUUGUCUAUGUAUUCCCAACUGCUGGAGUUAUAUUAGAAGAUGUAUUCCUGGUUCCUCCAAGUUGGAAUUCUGAACUGUAGAACCAUAGAACUUUACUGUUCUAUAGAAACAUUGUUACCCAACAUGGUAAGGUUCCGUGGUACUGUCUUUAUAUAACAUUCUAGUUUACACAGACUUUUAGGCUGACCUGGGAACCGAACUCCCCACAGAUCACAUCACAUGGCUUAUCAUUUAUUUAUUUUUUUAAAGAAAAGGGAUCAGUGUAAAAAUUAUUUCCAGUUGUUGGCCCAUAGAUAUAUUAUUUGACUCAUCUGGUUACAAUGAAUUUGAUGCUGACUGAUCCCAAAGAUGCUGCUGCUGCCUGAAGCGCAGGGCACCGUGCUUGAGCCAGGCCAUAUGUGGCUGUGAAAUGGCUCCCUCAUGGCCUCUGCAGGGACAGAGCACUAUAGUCUUGGCCUCCGCCGGGGAAACAGCUUCAAGCAAGGUGGUCCCCCAGGCACAGUGCCGGCUCCACCAGCUGAGAAACCCUCUGAGGGCAGAACCUGGUACCAGGCACAACAGCAAGUGAAGCCGCUCUGGAGACUAGAGAAGAAACACGUGGGCACACUUUCAUCAGGGCACGGCCCAGGUGGCCUGGGGAUCACUCCCCAGCCAGCUUAUUUUUUUUAUCCCGGCCCCCUGUGUGGCUCUGGGCCCACAGCUGUCAUCGCAGGCCACGGCACCUCUCCCUGUCAUCUGCACUCUCUCCCAGACCUCUUCAGCAGCACCUUGCUGUAUCGUCGCUCCAACUACAGACACAAACCUUACCAGCAGCUUGAGUCUUUCUGUUUACGGUCAAGCCCAUCAGACAAAAGACCCUUUACUCUCUCCAGAAGGAGCCUCCCUGUGGGUCUCCCUGUCCCUAAGGUCAUCACCCCAGCCGUAGGUUCUAGCCUUCCUGGGGCUAUGGCUUCUUCAGCCCCAGACCCAGGUCUCCCUCUGAGAGCUGCUGGGGAACACUCUUCAGGGAAGAGCAUGGCCCCUGCCAUCUCAGGGAAGAUCCCUUCCUCCCUCUCUCCUUCCUACAAGCCUGUGCUCAACAACAAUUCCUUCCUGAGGCCAAAUAGCACAAAAGUGCCUUCACAGCAGGUCUCAGAAGGCCUGAAGCCAGUACCCCCACCCAAGAUCCCAUUGCCUGUCUCUUGGCAUCAUUCAGGGGGCACUGGAGACUGUUCCCCUCUGCACCUUGAACACAGGGUAUCCAAGAGCAAUGGCACCAUCCCUGACCAUGCCACUGUCCAUAACACCACCACCACCACCACUCCUCCCACCCUUAACACCCUAACCACAACCACUACCAGCCCCCCUGCCAGAGGUGCCUCUCCCACUCAUGGCCAGAAUGGCCCACCACCCCUAAAGGCAGAGCGGCCUUCUUGGGCUUUAGAGGCUAAAGAUGGUCCUCGGUCCUUUUCCAGAGAGAUCCGAUUGACUGAAGCUGUGAGGAAGUUGACAGGAAGGGGCUAUGCCAAGAUGGGGCAAGGCUACCGGUUUGAACGGUCCUGUCUCAUGAACCCCAGCUUCCACUGGAAUCUCCUUAAUGGGAAUGGGCGGUGGCAACCCCCUGUGGUGACCCCUCGGUUUGCCCGAGAAGAUGGGGUUUUGGAGACUAGACCCCUUACAGAUGGCUCUGACAGUGUGGGGCUGGAUAGCACUGUCUUCUGUACAAAGCGCAUCAGCAUUCACCUCCUUGCCUCACAUUCCACUCCUCCCAACAAUGAACCUGCCAGUGGGAAUGGGAUGAACAACACCGGAGAAAAACCCCAGGCUCACACUGUGACAGAUGUGACCAACCGAAUUUCCUCCAUCCAUCUGAAUCAGUCAGUUAAAGGACAAAAAGAAGGCAAGCAGCAACAGCAGCAACAGCAGAAGAACAACUCAUCUGCUAGAAACUUCAGUUCAAAUACUGACCUGUUCCAUGGUGAGGCUGAGGAUGUAGAAGAAGAGCUGGGAGAUGGUUUAGAAGACUGUUGUAGCCAAGAUGAGGAUGAAGAGGAAGAUGAAGACUCCGAAUGUUCUUCAGUCAGUGGUGUCUCAGCAAGUGAAUCAGUUGCAGUGAUCUCUCGGAACUGCAUGGAAGUUCUGCCCAAACCCCUUGCCAACCAUGAGAAAGUUGUCCGGCAACCCCUUAUCUACAGCCUCUUUCCUAAUGUUCCCCCCACCAUCUACUUUGGCACAAGGGACGAGAGAGUGGAGAAGCUACCCUGGGAACAGAGAAAGCUGCUUCGCUGGAAAAUGAGUACAGUGACUCCCAACAUUGUCAAACAGACCAUUGGACGUUCCCACUUCAAAGUCAGCAAGAAAAACGAUGAUUGGCUGGGCUGUUGGGGUCACCACAUGAAAUCUCCCAGUUUCAAAACAAUUCGAGAACAUCAAAAGCUGAACCACUUCCCAGGCUCGUUCCAAAUUGGGCGGAAAGACCGGCUCUGGCGUAACCUGUCUCGUAUGCAGAGCCGAUUUGGUAAGAAGGAAUUCAGCUUCUUCCCCCAGUCCUUCAUCCUCCCACAGGAUGCCAAACUUCUUCGAAAAGCCUGGGAGAGUAGCAGCCGUCAGAAGUGGAUUGUGAAGCCGCCAGCUUCAGCCCGAGGAAUUGGCAUUCAGGUCAUCCACAAAUGGAGCCAGCUACCUAAGCGAAGACCCCUUCUAGUGCAGAGGUACCUGCAUAAACCCUACCUCAUCAGUGGGAGUAAAUUUGACCUUCGGAUCUACGUUUACGUCACCUCAUACGAUCCCCUCCGGAUCUACCUCUUCACAGAUGGACUUGUCCGCUUUGCUAGCUGCAAAUAUUCCUCUUCCAUGAAGAGCCUUGGCAACAAGUUCAUUCAUCUGACCAACUACAGCAUCAAUAAGAAGAACACAGAGUACCAGGCCAACACUGAUGAAAAUGCUUGCCAGGGCCAUAAGUGGGCACUGAAAGCCCUGUGGAACUAUUUGAGCCAAAAAGGAGUCAACAGUGAUGCCAUCUGGGAAAAGAUUAAAGAUGUUGUUGUCAAAACCAUCAUUGCGUCAGAGCCUUAUGUGACCAGCUUGCUCAAGAUGUAUGUUCGCCGGCCCUAUAGCUGCCAUGAGCUCUUUGGUUUUGACAUCAUGCUAGAUGAAAAUCUGAAGCCCUGGGUCCUGGAAGUCAAUAUCUCUCCAAGCCUUCAUUCCAACUCACCACUAGACAUCAGCAUCAAAGGCCAGAUGAUCCGAGACCUCCUGAACCUGGCGGGCUUUGUUCUUCCCCACGCAGAGGAUGUUAACUCUAGCUGUGGCAGCUCCAGUAGCUCCACCAUCAGUCUUAGCAGUUCUACGAAGGAGAAGACCAGGUUGGCUCCAGAGUACUUCACAGCAGAGAAAAUGAAGAAAGCCUAUUACCUGACCCAGAAACUGCCAGAUCAGGACUUCUAUGCGUCGGUGCUGGACAUCCUGACGCCAGAUGACGUUCGGGUCCUCGUGGAAAUGGAGGAUGAGUUCUCACGCCGGGGCCAGUUUGAGCGGGUCUUUCCCUCUCGAGUCUCUUCCCGCUAUCUCCGUUUCUUUGAGCAGCCACGUUAUUUUAAUAUCCUGACCACGCAGUGGGAACAGAAGUACCACAGCAACAAACUCAAAGGGGUGGACCUGCUCCGGAGUUGGUGCUACAAAGGCUUUCACACUGGAACCGUUUCUGACUCUGCUCCCAUGUGGUCCCUGCCAAGAUCACAUAUCGUCAUGAAGGGUGACAUCCUCCUCAACGCCUUCUGUAAAACAGAGCUGAACAAACUGGGGAAGACUCCCCAUUCUACAAAGGACAAUGAGGAUACCACCCAAGCUUCUAGCCCUUGCUCUCCAGUGUUACCUAUGCUCAAAUAUACAGGGCAAGCUCAGAGACUCCCUGUUUCCUCUUCAACCUCAAAAGUCAACAACAACCUUGUUGCCUCCGUGAGCCCAUGAUCAACUCCCUCCCCAGGAGCACCAGCGCAAUAGCUACCUCAUGGGAACCGGCCUGCCGGCCAGCCUGGAACCCCAACCCUGUCCACCCUGCCCCUGGUCAGAGUAUUUUUGGAAAAGGUUGAAUUCCAGAGAGGGGGUUUCUAUGGGGCUUAGAGGGAUGGUGGAGCUGGGGAGAGGGUAAGGAAGGGGAUAUGUCCCAUUCUCCUGCCUACCUGCCCAGCUCCUGUCAUCCCAACUGAGAAGCAAACAGUGGCCAUUGCAGCCUUAUAAAACAGGGUUUGAUUUCUAUGCUCAGAGCCGUGUGUGAUUUGUUCUCUGAUCUAACAAUUGAACUUCCCUUACCAAUACCUUGGGACACAAAUCCCCUUGUUUCUUCUCCCUUUUGCUCCUAGUUAGAAGUUUGAGAAGCCACAUCAGCUUUUAUCAGAUCCAUCAUGUCAGGGCCAGAAGUGAAAAGAGCAGCAAGGACCACAGCUUUCUUGGUUUUGCUGUGUGUCCCAUCGCCCUCCUUUUUUUUCCGUUUUUAUCCUGUGGGAUUCUUGGUCCCAACACAUUCAUGUAGAACCACUCCUUGUCAGAACAAUAGCUGGCUUAUCAGUUUAGUUGUUCUCAUCAGAUUAUUGGAAAUUUCUCCUACCUUCAGUGAGAAGGCUCUCCAAUAAUUGUAUCCCAGCUCUUCCUUCCUCAGACUUCAGAAGGGUAGAGUUGAGUGAGCCUGACACUGUAGUUUUUGCUUUUCUCUUCCUUUCUGAACCACUCACAUAUUCCUUCUACCACAGAAGUGAUUGCAAUACUCUCUUCUAGGAUCUGAUUGUUCUAUAAGCCAAAGUGAAAAACACAGUAUAUUCCUAAGGCCCGUAGGCCCCACCAGCCUGUGCCAGAAACCUCUUGGUGGUUUCACUGGCCAGCACAUGGGGAAAGGCUCACUGCUGGUCUGGGGGCGGGGAUAGCCUGCUUCAAAUGAAUUUAGUGCCUAAAUCUUCGUGCAUGACUCUUCCAUUCAAUCCACACCUGGACUCCCUCUUCAUCCCUCCUCUACCACAUUUGUCAUGCUCUGAUAGUCUGUCCUUAAAACUGCUUUCUUCUCAAAAUAGAUGCCAUCACCUAUUACGUUCUGAUUCACUCGCUCCUCUCCUGAAUCUAUAGAAGUUGAGAGAUUUCCAGGAGUGCGAUAACUGAGAUUAGAACUAUUAUCCAAUUUUGAUCAUAAAUCUUGGAUUCUAGAUUGAGCAUUGGAACCUAAAAAGCUUCCCUUCCCUCCUUAGAACCACCAAAUUUCAGGGUUGGAAGAGACCUUGGCAACCGUUUAGUCCAACCCGUACCUGAACAAGAGAAACCCACUCACAAUAUGCCAUCAUGAUCUUCCUUGCCUUUAUGAACUCAAUUGAAGGGAAACUCAUUCCUUUGCCAGAUAACUAACUCCACUUUUGGGUACUUGGUUGUUAGGAGCUUUUUCCUUACAUCAGGUAUAGAUCUGCCUCUUGACACUUCUAUCCAAAUCCCCUAGUUUCUGCCCUCUGCAACCAAGAGGAAAAAGUUUUUUCCACAUAUAUGACAGACUUUCAUGAUAUUUGAUGACAGCUGUCAUGUCUUUGCCAAGUUUUUUUUUGUUUGUUUUCUUUUGUUUUAAGUAUUAAGGGGCAGCUAGGUGGCUCAGUGGAUUGAGAGCCAGGUCUAGAGAGAUUUUGGGUUCAGAUCUGGCCUCAGACACUUCCUAGCUAUGUGACCCUGGGCAAGUCAUUUAACCCAAUUACCUAGCUCUUACCACACUUCUGCCUUGAUAUUAUUAUUGAUUCUAAGUACUUAGUAUUGAUUCUUAAAACAGAAGGUAAGGAUUUAAAAAAAAAAUUAUUGAAACAAAAAAAAGUUGGUGUCUUUUCCCAAUUCCAUGCCCCAUCAAUAGAACCCAGUCUUGUAAUAAUAGAAGUACAAAACAAACCUACCCAUUGAUUAGAUUUAACAAUGUGUGCCCCAUGCGUACUGUUGUCUCUAGACCAAGAGGAGAAAGGUGUGCCUUACCUUCACUCCUCUGGAUUCAAGAUCAUUGAUCAGUGUUGCUUUUCUUUAAAUUACUGUAGCUGUUGUGUGUUUUUUCCUUAGUUCUACUUAAUAAUAGUUAACAACUGACAUAGCAAUUUUCAAAUUACAUACUUUGUCUCUCCUGCACCUCAAAACAACUUUGGGAGGUAAAUGCUACUAGAAUUAUUCCCAUUUUGCAGAUGAGGGAACUGAAGCUCAGAAAUUGACUUGUCCAAGGUCACAACUAGUAAAUAGCAGACCUUCCUAACUGAACUCCACAGUGCUUGCUUUGCUUAUGUGUUUCUGGAUUUUUGUAUCUGUUGCUAUUUACUGUGAAAGAAUAUUUCAUUACUUUUAGCUAGCCAGAUUGUACACUCUCCCAUCAAUGGCUACUCACCUGGUUUUCAGUUUUUGGCUAACAGAGACCUGUUAUGAAUAUUUGGUAAUAUAUAGGACCUUUCUGCCAUGGAUGCCCUUGGGUUACAAGGAUAGGAUCUUGUCAUUUUCAAACAUCUCCAGUUCUUUCAACCAUUCCUUUUAAGGGAUGAUCUAAUGCUUCUCUCUCUCCUCAUUGGACUGACUUUUUCUGGAUGAAUCCAGAUUUUUGCUGCCUUUACUAAAUGUGACAUUUAGAACUAAACACAAGCCUCUAGAUAUGGUCUAAGGCAGGACACAAUGGAAUUAUCACCUUCCUCAUGUUGAGAAACCAUGUCUCCUAAUUCAACAGAGCUUUUCUUUUUCUUGUUUUCUGUUGCUCUGCUGAUUUACAUUGAGUUUUUAGCCUUUUGAGAUUUUAUGGGUCCUUACUCAGGUUUGCAAUAUGUUUGUUAUCCUUCCUACUUUUGUGUCAUCUGAAGAUUUAAUAGCCAUGCCAUUCAUAUUUUUAUCCAAGUUAUCAGAUAACUAGAUUGAAACGUAGAGAAAUUGAGUAAACUAUUUGCCCACGGUCACAUAGCUAGUAAAAAGUCUAUGAGAGAAAUAUUCUCUUACCUCUAGUUUAACCCCCCCCCCCCCAACCUGGUGUCUUAAAGUCUGCCCCAAUCUGCCUCCAGCCUCCCUUUCUAGCUAUACUUAUUUCGCACUCUUCCCUUUCACACAUGCUAAUGUUGCAGCUAAGCUAUACCUUGAGUUGUCCCUCAAUACUGUCCUGCCAUCUUCUCUUUCACCCUAUAUUCCUGGAGACAUGCAUCGCCCACACUGAGAAUGUACUCCCUUAUUGUUGCCAGUUCAAAUCUCUCAGAGUUCAACUCAGGUGCUACCUCUUCAAUGAAAUUACUCCUUACUAUCCUCUUUGUAAUUUCCUAGAGCGCUUUGGCUCACUGGGCUGUUAUACACAAUUUUGUAUCAGACUUGUUUGCCUUUGUCUUUCCUCACCCCCAAAGAGGCUAUAAAUUUGACUUGCCUAUGUCAUCCAGUCAAGUAGGGGUGCUUGGCAAGUCCUUGUUCAGGGGUACUGAGGAAUGGAUGGAUAGUGGGAGCUUGGGGUGUGUAUCUAGACUCUGAGGAACAAUUUUCCUACAUUGUCAAAAGUGAUAACUGUUAUUGUUCUUGGUAAUUCUUAUGGGAACAAUACAAGGCACUGCUAGAGAGUCGAGCCUUGGGUAAAAAGGGUGGUUUUUAUCCCUGCGGCUGAUUGAAGCCUCUGGCAGAUGAGGUACAUUUGAUAAUGUAUGUCAUUUUAAGAAGCCAUCAAGUGCCAUAAGACUCCAUUCUGUUAUCCUCUUUGCUCAAGCAAACCUUCCCAAGUUCUCCAAAUUCCUCACAUUUCUUACUACACAAUAACGUUCCAUAACAUUUGUAUGCAACCAUUUGUUCAGCCACUGUUUUCAGAAUUUUAAUACAAAAAGGGCUGCUAUGAAUAUUUUGAUACUUCUUUGAUCUUUCCCUAUGUUUUUGACCCUGGGGGGGGAGUCGUGCCCAGUGGUGGGAGUGCUGGGUCAAAGGGUAUGAACAAUUUAGCCAUUUUUCUCUCAUAAUUCCAAACUGUUUUCCAGAAGGAUUGGACCAACUCACAGCUUCUCCAUCAGCGUGUUGAUAUACUUGUCAGCUUGUAGCCUCUCUGACAUCGAUUCUGUCUUUGCCAGAUUUUCUUUUAAAAAAAGUUACUGAUGAUCUC